UGAGAAGAUUUCUUGUAAUUUCCUCAUUCGAGCAUCAAAUAUCCAAUUGAAGUAGGAGUUAGAUUAAACGACAAUAACAGUUGACAAAGAUUUAACAAUCGCUGCUGUACUUGACGAGAGUGGAACAAAACUUUUAACACCAACGGAUUUGGAACGAAACUUUAAACACAGACGGAAGUGGAACAAAAUUUUAACAUCGUAGGAUUUGAAACAAAACUUUAAACACCGACGGAAGUGGAACAAAACUUUUAAAACUGACUGAAGUGCAAUAAAACUUUUUAACACCGAUUGAAGUGGAACAAAACUUUUAACACCAGUCACAAGAAAACAUAAAUUAUUGCAACUUGGAAAGUGAAAAAGAAAGAAAAAACUAAGUGUUCACAUUUUAACUUAAAUGGAGUGAAUUUAUAAUCGGAAUUUAAAACAAAUGCUCAAUAUGAACUUGUCCACUAUCAUACCAGAGGAAUUUGGUCAUACGACAGUGAGUUCGGACAAUGGAACAAAUGGCACUGGACAUGCUGACCAUAACGGUGGUCAUCCAUUGAUGGAAGAACAGUUAGCAUUCUUGAUAUUUUUGCUAGUGGUAACAACUAUUGGUAACUCAAUAGUUCUUGUAGCAGUGUCUUUAGCUAAAAAUAGAUCCAGAAUGACCUUCUUCAUCAUGCAUUUAGCUAUUGCAGAUUUGUUGGUCGGAUUAGUGAGUUUAAUGCCCGAUUUAAUAUGGCGACUGGCUGGACAGUUUUAUGGAGGCGAAGUACUUUGCAAAAUUGUUAAAUUUUCACAGUGCCUUGUCACAUACGGGUCAACCUUCGUCCUUGUAGCGUUAAGUAUUGAUAGAUUAGAUGCCAUAGCUAGACCAUUAGGAUUUUCCACAAGUAAAGCUAGAAAUAGGGUUCUUGUAACCACAGCUUGGCUAAUUGCAGCAGUGUUCUCAAUUCCUGCCGCUGUUUUAUUUAAGACAGACCAAUGCAUGAUAAAUUUACCAACAAUUGAUGAUUGGAAGAUUUAUGUGACCAUUAUUGCCUUUGCCGUGUUCAUUAUUCCAGCAAUUAUUAUAGCUUUUUGUUAUGGUAUUAUGGUAUAUAUUAUAGUCAGCAAGAAUUCUGCAUUGAUGGCGACAAUGAAAAAGAAGCAUGAAAGGAAACCGCUCUAUUAUAGACCAGAAUUAAAAAAUCAACGAAAGAAAGUUUCAAGUGUUCAGCAUGAUUCUAGAGCCAGUUCCAGAGGAAUAAUUCCACAAGCUAAAAUCCGAACAAUAAAAAUGACUUUUGUUAUUAUUUUAGUAUUUAUUAUGUGCUGGAGUCCGUACUUUUUGUGGAAUUUACUCCAAGUGUAUGGACAUAUCAAGUCAAACCACACUAAUAUGCUGAUAACAGUAUUUGUUCAGAGUCUUGCACCACUUAAUAGUGCAAUAAAUCCAGUUAUUUAUGGAGUAUUUAGCACAAGAAUUUGCCGACAACUUAGACGAUUCAAAGCAGUAAAAGUAAUUUGUGAUAUAUUUCCUUUUUGUGCUGACCAAACUAGAAUGCCAUCUGAUCAUUCUACAAUGGUAACGGACAACACGUUUACAUUUCGACGUCAGAUUAUCUCCCCUAGCAGAUCUAUUUAUAACCAAGGGGAAAGUUUUCAAAUGGAAACUUGUGACCUGAUAGCUAGUGUAUUGCCUGACAAAAAACAACCAGCAAUUAUACGAAACUAAACGAAUCAAUUAUUCCAUUUGUGCACAAAAAUGGUCAAACCGUUCACGUUUCUUGCAGAGGUUAUUAAGGAACCGAUUUUCAUUUGAAAAUGUUAGAGAACGUAAUGAAAACGUUCAUGUGAUUAAGACAUUGUAUAGCGGGAAUGAAUAAAGGAAAGACGAUGAACACUUGUUACAUAUUGUCUAAUCAGCAAUUAAAAAAUAAACAAAGAUGUACAUGUACUUGGUGAAAAUAAGAUGUAGGCAAAUCUCAAAACAUGAAAUGGACUGUUUACAAAUCUUAAAUGACUAGCAUUUAACAGGUGAUUUUGGAAUCAUUUUGAGCGCCAACUAACAAUGUAAAAUGUUCUUUAACCAAAAACUAUAUAUAUAUACUAUGUUUAAAAACUAAUUGAUGUUAAAGUUUGUUGUUACACAUGAAAAAGAU